GAUCAGCUCCCCUCCUCUCCUCAUCGCCAUACCACCUCACAUCGAUCCAUUGCACCUCUAGCCCAAAUCCAGUCUUCACUUGACGGCAUCGUCUGCAGCAAAGAGACACUGCAGCGUAACCAGCGCCCAUCAAGGUACUAUCUAAUCACCCCUCUACACACGCAACAUGUUUGGUCGCCUCUUCCACAUCGCAGUCGACGCUGUCCUCCUCUCCAUGUGCUUGGCCGGCAUCAAGCGCAACACUGGGCUUACACCCGCAGUGAGAAGGGUACCAAACAAGGACGUGAGGAACGUGCUCAAGCUGUGGCUUGAGACUGGGGAAUGGCUCAUGGACUUCACGAUCGUCUUCCUUGGUCGCUCAUCGACGUUCGAGCGUAUCCGCUAAGACGUUAUCAAGGCCAAAAGCGAUAGCAUAUACCCCGUCUCGCCCUUUCUGCUCCUCUGACCUCUCACCGGUAAUGAAGGAGGCAGCUCAGCCCUGUCUCAGGUUGAUCAGUUGGCCGCGCCUACGCCUAUUGGCCUCCUUGCCCCUCACAUUGUAAUUUUACCAUCACAUUCACAUCCA